AUGGAAAGCUGUAAUCCGGCUUCGACGCCAAUGGAACCAGGAACAAAACUGUCGAAAUUUGAUGUAGGAGAACGUGUCGAAGCAGGAAGAUAUCGAAGUUUGGUAGGAAGUCUUCGCUAUCUCACAUGUACAAGACCAGAUAUCUCAUUAAGUGUAGGCAUUGUAAGUCGAUUCAUGGAGGAGCCAGUGUAUACACAUUGGAAAACAUUGAAGCGAAUUCUGAGGUACAUCCAAGGAACAGUGUCACUUUGGAUGUUUUACUCGAAUUCAGACAAAUACAAGUUGGUUGGUUACUCUGACAGUGAUUGGUGCGGAGACAUAGACGAUCGAAAAAGCACUUCUGGAUAUGUGUUUUUCAUGGGAAAUACUGCAUUCACUUGGCUUUCUAAAAAGCAGUCAAUAGUAACACUUUCGACAUGUGAAGCAGAAUAUGUAGCAGCAUCCUGGUGUGUUUGUCAUGCAAUAUGGCUCAGAAGAUUGAUGAGUAAAAUGGAGCUAGAACAGAAAGAUGCUACAAUAAUACAAGUUGACAACAGGUCAGCAAUUGAGUUAGCAAAGAAUCCAGUAAACCAUGAAAGGAGCAAACACAUUGACGUUCGUUUUCACUUUAUUCGAGAACACGUGAAGGAAGGAAGUGUCGAAUUGAAGCAUGUAGCAAGUAAGGACCAAGCAACAGACAUUUUCACAAAACCACUAUCAAAAGAAAUCUUCGACAGAGGGAAGAAAUUGAUAGGCAUGAUGAAUAGAAGAAACAUUUAA